AUGAAUAUCAAUCCCCAUCUUCAAUACUUACAGCAACAACAACAGUCACAGCAACCUAUGAACGCUAGUGUUCAAUCGCCACAAAUAUCGCAAUUGCAAUUACAACAGCAACAACAGUUGCAACAACAAAGACAGCAAUUACUAAAUCAUCACUUACAACAACAACCACAGCAGCAGUUAGGGACACCUAAUGCUAGUCAAGUUAGCACAAACCCAUUAUUGUCGGCAAUAAAUGCGUCAAAUCAAUCUGGUGGUAGUGUAAACGCUGGGGCAGGAACAUCAUCGAACCAAACAGUGAACACUGCGUUGCAGAUACAAUUACAGCAACAAUUACAACAACACCAGCAACAAAUAUUCCAACAGCAACUUCAAGGCCAACAUAAUCAUCCUGUUCAGCAACAACAGGUUCCAAUAAUCAAAGAAGUAUGGUCGCAUAAUUUGGAGCAAGAAUUUCAUGCUUUACGUUCGUUUGUUAAUGAUAAUAAGUCGUCUCCUGUGUACAUUGCCAUUCAUCAAGAAAUUCCGGGAAUUGUGGCAAGGCCAGUUGGUACGUUUAAAUCGUCUUCAGAUUACCAUUUCCAGACAUUGAGAUCAAAUUCUGAUUUGUUAAACUUGAUUCAAUUAUCGUUAUGCGUGACAAAGGUUAACAAGAAUAAUGAAAUCCGUUCAUCGAUAAUCUGGCAAUUUAACUUCUUAUACGAUUUGACGAAGGAAAUGUACAAUGAAGAACACUUAACAAUGUUAUCCCAAACCUCUCAAAUUAAUUUUCAAUUACAUAUGACACAAGGUAUACCACACUUUGCUUUUGCUGAAUUAAUUACAGAGAGUGGUUUAUUGUUGGAUACGUCUAUUAAUUGGAUAAGUUAUCACGCUGGUUAUGACUUAGGUUUUCUUAUUAGCUUAUUAAUUAAUGAUAACCUUCCACUUGACGAAAAGGAUUUCUAUUGGUGGUGUUCCAAAUAUUUUCCAAACUUUUAUGAUUUGAAGUUAAUUGGAAAUCAAUUAGUGAAUAAUUUCUCGAAUAACAAUAGUAAUUCCAAUAAUAGCAAAUCUAAUGGAAACUCUAUUAAUAAUGGGCCCAGUAAUUCUGUUGAAAUGCCAACCGGUGGUUCCAACAGUGACAGUUCCAAGAACAUGAUAUCUAACAAUAAACCUUCCAUCGAAUAUUUGGCGGAAGAAUUACAUUUAUUACCAAUUUCUCCGGUAAUUCGUCAAUACUUUGCAUCUUCAAAUUCACAUUUCCCUGGCCAGCAACACCAACAAAUGACAUCUACGUUACAUGCUUAUUUAUCCAUGGAAUGUUUCAAAGAAUUAUUGAGACAAGCAGGGUAUGAUAAUAGCAUUUUAGAGAAAUUUAAGGGUGUAAUUUGGGGACUUGGUAGUGUCUAUGGAAGCUCAACGAGUGAAAUGACACAACAAAAUGGUUCAGUCUCGAAUACUACCCCUUCUACGCCAGGCACUUCAGCUAAGAGUGGUGUGGUUCACUUCGGUAGACCACUCUAA